CUUCGCCGGAAGUGGGUCCCAGAAGGGGCUGCGACGAGUUUGAAGGGCGGAAUCUCUACUGAGAGGCAGCCAAUGAUUAUGCGCGGCGGGUCCCUCUUCCCCACUUCCGCUCUCAAGCUCCCUUACAGGCUGGUUUCCGGUCGGAGUGUCGGGAGUGUUACAACUGCCUACGAGACGGACGGCGACGUGCAGGAACGCGCGUCCAAAUUCUCGUGUUCCACCUGUUGCUCGAGACUCUCAAAGAUGUCAACUCAAGGCCAUACUUGGGCCCGACAGGUGAAGAAGGAGGAUGAGGAAGAGGAUCCGCUGGACCAGCUGAUUUCCCGCUCUGGUUGUGCUACUUCCCACUAUGCAGUACAGGAGUGCAUGGCCCAACACCAGGACUGGCGACAGUGUCAGCCACAGGUACAGGCCUUCAGGAACUGCAUGAGUGAACAUCAGGCAAGGCGGCGGGAAGAGCUGCAGAGGAGGAAAGAGCAAGGCAGUGCUCACCACUGAGACCCCAAACCACCUAUCCCCAGAGGAUGUCCCUGAAGAAACCAGCCCAGAGAGAUCAUAGGAGGAAGAGGUCCUGAACAGUGGAAGUUUGGGCCGAGAGGUGUAAAACAUGGGGAUUCCCUGGCCAAGACUGACUUUGAGAGCCAGACAGCCAUGGGUUUGGACAUGACUGCUGUAAAGAGCUGUCAUAUUUUCAUUGUGCAAUCCCACACAUCCUCACCUACCAUUGUACACCGAUAUUAAAUGUCAACUGAUAUUUGCCAAGUAAAACAAAGAGUUGGGUUAAGGGAUGCUCUCUUACCUUACAUCUUGGGUCAGUGUGCCAGGUACCGAGCCGAUUACAUGGAUGUUUAAUUUUAAAAGUAAAUUCACAAUCUAAAUGUAAACUGAUUACCUAAUCAGGUCUUCAUUUAUUGAGUAAUUGGUUCAACACAGCAAGUUUUUCUGAGACCUUCCCAUGUGCCAGGUACUGUGUGAAUGAAUAAUGUGAUCUGAUGUGAUAAAUAAUAGGAUCUCUUCUUUCAUGUUUCUUAGUCUGGUUUGAGAGAUAGAAAUAAAUAAAACAGCAUUAGAACAACUAA